GUGUUUUUGAGAGACAAGUGAUUGCAUAACAAAAACACAACACAAACCAAAACCGCAUGACUUUUGCGGACAAUUGUCUUCUCUGCAGAUGUAUUGUGUGGUAAAUAGUCUUCGCCGACACUGUUAUCGAUCGGUCGCCCAUCGAUUCACACACUGCCACAGAUGGCGGACAUCACCGCCGCUGCCACUGGUCAUCGAUCGUACGAUAAUCACUGCCGGCCGAUGGAUGUGCUCUUUGUCGCCGCCAUUGUCAUCGACAUUGACGUCAAACACAUCCAACAAUCAACGCGUGGUUACUAUCAGUAAUAGUCAGACAAUUAGCGCCGAUAAUAAGCCGAAGAAGUCGGCGGACAAAACGAAAGCCAAUAUUUCGGUGACGUUUGUGACCACAGAUGGCCGUCGACUGACCGGCGCCGGCAAAGAGGGCGACAGUCUUCUGGACGUUGUCGUGGAUAACGAGUUAGAUUUGGACGGCUUUGGCGCCUGUGAGGGCACACUCGCCUGUUCCACGUGUCACCUGAUAUUUGAGAAGAAAGACUUCGACCAAAUCAACAACAAAGCCACCGAUGAAGAGCUCGAUAUGCUUGACCUGGCCUUCGGACUCUGCGAUACGUCUCGACUCGGCUGUCAGAUAAUACUGACGCCAUGGAUGAAUGGCUUAGAGAUUAAAGUGCCGGACAGUGUGAACGACGUGCGAACCACUUAGCGUUUAAUUGUUGUUAAUUAGUAUUAGUUUAUAAUUUACAUAAUGUUUUGACAAUUAUUUCACUCAUUUUAUUAACUAAUUGUUGUUAUUAUCAGCGAAACUGACCGCC